AUGGCCGACAACCCCGCAGACAAGCAAGUUGUGCUCGUUACAGGCGGCAACCAGGGCAUCGGCUAUGAAAUUGUGAAGAAGCUUGUGGCGGAGCAACCCACCUAUCAUGUCCUUCUUGGCUGUCGAGCUCUCUCAAAAGGAGUAGAAGCUAUAUCAAAAAUUGAGAAACUUGCAGGCUCAGUUUCUCCAGUUGAAGUUGACAUUACUUCAAACGACUCAAUUGCGGCUUGUGUUGCGCAAAUCGAUCGCGAGUAUGGCAGACUUGACGUUCUAAUCAACAAUGCUGGCAUUGGAAGACAUGCAGUAGAGGGCUUACCCAGCCUCAGGGAUAAGAUGGCUGCACUGUUCGAUGUGAAUGUGUUUGGCACCCUGGAGAUGACAGACGCAGCUAUUCCUCUGUUACAAAAGGCUGCCGAUCAAGGCUCAGUCCCACGGAUUGUGUUUAUUACCUCGGAGAUGGGCUCCUUUGGGAAUACGCUCAACCCUUCGUGGAAAUAUUACCAGCACAACACGUCUAUACCGUACAAGUCCAGCAAAGCGGCUGCAAACAUGAUUGGUGCAUGCUACUCGACGUUAUUUGAGAAGAAAGGGUGGAAGAUCAACUGCUGCUGUCCUGGGCUUCGCAAAACAGCAUUCAACAAUCACCUCUCUGUUGCCAUGGACGUGGAAGAGGGAGCUGUGAGGGCUGUAGCGUUGGCCACUCUCGACAAAGAUGGUCCUACAGGGACUUUUACAAACAUUGAUGGAACUGAGCCGUGGUAA